CGAACUGUUUCAGCAAAUUCUGAGAAAGCAAGCCACAAUCUAUUAAUUGAAGUCUUAUUGCUACCGAGACUGAAGGUUCUCGAACCUUGAUCAUCAUUGCUGUUGCGGGGGCAUCCCAUAUAUUUAUCCUAUCUUGUAGUUUCGACUCAAAGGGCUGCAGACUAGAUUUCUGAGAGAGUUGGUAAUGACAGCUCUUGGUGUCCGCAUUCAGGCUUUUCAUGCUGGCAUUUUCAGUCCUCCAGGGAAAUCAUUUGGGACCCGGAAAUGUUUUUUCAAUGCUUCGGCCGGUCAAAUCAAGCAAAAGGGCUUAACGGCUUCUGUGACCAGUGCGCCAAGUGUUUUGCACAGUCCAGGAGGGCAUUCUAUAGUAUCCUUUAAGGAGUUAAUUGAAUCUCUGAUAACUAAGAUAGAUUUAUCUGAGGACGAGGCUGAGGCCUCUCUUGAGUUUCUAUUGAAUAAGGCCAAUGAAGCAUUGAUCAGUGCUUUUCUUGUUCUCUUGAGAGCCAAAGGGGAAACGUUUGAAGAAAUUGUUGGAUUGGCAAGGGCGAUGAUCAAACACUGUGUGAAGGUUGAAGAUGUGGGUGAUGUAGUUGACAUUGUUGGAACAGGUGGUGAUGGGGCAAACACAGUUAACAUCUCAACUGGUGCUUCAAUUCUUGCUGCAGCUUCUGGUGCAAAAGUUGCAAAGCAAGGAAACCGUUCCAGUUCUUCUGCUUGUGGAAGUGCAGAUGUGUUGGAAACAUUGGGAGUUGUCAUUGACUUGGAGCCCCAGGGGGUAGAGAGAUGUGUAAAGGAAGCAGGCAUUGGUUUCAUGAUGGCUCCAAAGUACCAUCCGGCAAUGAAAAUUGUUGGUCCUGUGAGGAAAAAGCUUAAAGUGAAAACUGUGUUCAAUAUCUUGGGUCCUAUGUUGAAUCCAGCACGGGUACCUUUUGCAGUUGUUGGUGUAUACAAGGAAGAUCUAGUUGCAAAAAUGGCUAAAGCACUACAAAGAUUUGGCAUGAAGAGAGCAUUAGUUGUACAUUCAGAGGGUUUAGAUGAAAUGAGUCCCCUUGGACCUGGCCUGGCUCUUGAUGUUACUCCUGAAAAGAUUGAGAAGUUUUCUUUUGAUCCAUUGGAUUUUGGGAUGCAACGAUGUACACUGGAAAGCUUGCGAGGAGGAGGCCCGGAGUAUAAUGCAGAGGUAUUGAGGCGUGUUCUAUCAGGGGAGAGAGGAUCUAUUGCAGAUGCAUUUAUACUAAACACAGCAGCAGCUCUCUUAGUGAGCGGGCAUGCGAGCAGCCUGAGUGAAGGAGUAGCCCUGGCCAGAAAAACACAUCACUCAGGGAAAGCUAUCAAGACUCUCGAGUCUUGGAUAAGCAUCACCAAGGAAGAGAGUCGGAAUAAGAUACCAGAAUGGUUAAUUCAAUUUUGACAGUGUGACAACUUGAUGGUGUUGAAGAUGGAAUCCUAUUUUAUGAAAAACUAUAGCAAUAAAUGCAGGGGCGGCAACCAACAUCACCCGGUGGAAUUUAACCCAACAGGUUAAGUUAAGAAAUUAAAAAUUAAGUGAUCAAAUCUAUGGAAAGCUCAGGAGAUAUUACAUCACAGAAGGCGGUGGACCAUUGUUAAAUCCUGCCUGGAUGGGCCAUUGACUAGAAGCUUGCAGGGUCUGCAAUUUAUUAUUAUAUCUCAUAUGUAUUAAACCAACAUUACUGCUU